GGUUUCGUCAGAAGAGUUGAUUACUAUGAAUGGGUGGCUAACUCAGUGUUGGUUAAGAAGGCGAAUGGUAAAUGACGAAUGUGCAUCAAUUAUACAAACCUCAACCAAGCUUGUCCUAAAGACUGUUAUCCGAUGCUAAGCAUUCAUAAAUUGGUUGAAGCGGCUUCUGGAAAUGAGAGAUUAAGUCUCUUGGAUGCAUAUUCCGGUUACCACCAAGUGUCGAUGGCUCCGGAAGCUGAAGAGAAAACCUCGUUCUAUGCAAGUGAUGAAAUUUACUAUUAUGUCAUAAUGCCCUUUGGCUUAAAGAACGCAAGUGUCACUUACCAGAAAAUGAUCCUUCAGAAACCAGAACGCUUUGGAAGGUUAAUUAAGUGGGCAGUAGAACUGGGGGAAUUCAAGAUAACAUUUCAGGAAAGUAGCAAGGGAUUAGGAGCUGGUGCUUUCCUAAUUGGCCCAGAUGGAUAUCAAAGUGCGCAUUCUUUGAAAUUUAACUUUGACGCAACUAAUAACAUGGCUGAAUAUGAAGCUCUGCUACUUGGUUUACAACUAGCAUUGGAGCUGAAAGUUAUGGCGAUACAAGUUUACAGUGACUCGCAGCUUGUGGUUAAUCAAGUAAACUCAGUCUGCGAAGUUGUUGAUCUUGUCAUGAUAAAAUAUAUAGCCCUGGUGGCCGAGUUGAAGUGUAAGUUCCAUAAGUUUUGUUUGAGCAAAAUUCCCAGAAGUGAGAAUGAACAGGCAGAUUUGAUUUCCAAGUUUGACUUUGAUAGUUCCUUAAGCUCCAGAUCAGUUUUCGUGGAAGUUUUAGAUGAACCAAGCUUUAUGAAGCCAAGAAUGAUGGAGAUCAGCAUAGACCCGGAUACAUCGAGCUGGACAAAUCCAAUUGUCUCCUUUUUAUAAGACGGGUCAGUGCCUGAAGACAAGCAAGAGGCAAUGAGGUUGAGGAAGAAAGCGUCUCAAGAUACACUCGUUGAUGGCGUCCUUAAUAAGAGAUCUUUCUCACUCCCUCUUCUAUGAUGCUUGAAUCCUUAUAAAGUUGAGUAUGCAGU